AUGGGUUUGAUUAACAACUACUCAACUUGCAUCAACAGCCUGUCCAGGGUACUAACGGAUGAAAGAGGGAAAAGCAAAGACGAAGAUCCGGAACAACUUGGAAUGAAGGGCAAGGCUGAGGGGCCUAGGGAGGCCCUUGGGAAGUUCUCAUUGGUUAAUUAUAACGAAAGGCAGUGGACAUGCGGCUGGUGCUCGAGUGAAAAAAAAGGACACAGGUAUCCGAAUCAACGACUCACUCCCGAAUUGCUGCUACAGCGGCAGACUCGAGGCUCCCUUGGUGACGCAACGACCGAGCCAGUUUGUGCGGAUUUCUUGCCAGCGCUGAAGCCUAUCACCUUCGCUAUUACACAGAAUCAAAGUUGA